GGGGAAACUCCCACCCCCUUUCGCUGAUGCAAGAGGCGAGUGCGGCGCUGGGAGCGGCAGGAGCAGUAGCAGUACUGCCGGACCGAGGCCUGAAGCGGUGACUGAGCCGUCCAACUCUCCGUCCGCACCGAGUCUUCUCGAGCCGCAGCCAUGUCCGGGGACGAGAUGAUUUUCGAUCCUACUAUGAGCAAAAAGAAGAAGAAGAAGAAGAAGCCUUUUAUGCUGGAUGAAGAAGGAGAUGCACAGACAGAAGAAACACAACCCUCAGAAACAAAAGAAACUGAACCAGAGCCAACAGAGGACAGAGAUGUAGAAGCUGAUGAAGACGAUGGUAGAAAGAAAGAUGCUUCUGAUGACCUGGAUGACUUAAACUUUUUUAAUCAAAAGAAGAAGAAGAAAAAAACAAAAAAGAUAUUUGAUAUUGAUGAAGCUGAAGAAGGUGUAAAGGACCUAAAGAUUGAAAGUGACGUACAAGAACCAGCAGAACCAGAAGAUGACCUUGAUAUCAUGCUUGGCAAUAAAAAGAAGAAAAAGAAGAAUGUUAAGUUCCCAGAUGAGGAUGAAAUCCUGGAGAAAGAUGAAGCUUUAGAAGAUGAAGACAACAAGAAGGAUGAUGGAAUCUCCUUCAGCAAUCAGACUGGACCUGCAUGGGCAGGCUCAGAAAGAGAUUAUACUUAUGAUGAGUUGCUGAAUCGAGUAUUCAACAUAAUGCGGGAAAAAAAUCCAGAUAUGGUUGCUGGAGAAAAAAGAAAAUUUGUCAUGAAACCCCCACAGGUUGUUAGAGUAGGAACCAAGAAAACUUCUUUCGUCAACUUCACAGAUAUCUGUAAACUAUUACAUCGUCAGCCCAAACAUCUCCUGGCAUUUUUAUUGGCUGAAUUGGGUACAAGUGGUUCCAUAGACGGUAAUAACCAGCUUGUAAUCAAAGGAAGAUUUCAACAGAAACAGAUAGAAAACGUUUUGAGAAGAUAUAUCAAGGAGUAUGUCACCUGCCAUACAUGUCGGUCACCGGACACAAUCCUGCAGAAGGACACACGACUCUAUUUCUUACAGUGUGAGACCUGCCAUUCUCGCUGCUCCGUCGCCAGCAUCAAAACUGGGUUCCAGGCCGUCACAGGCAAGCGAGCACAGCUCCGUGCCAAAGCUAACUAAUUUGCUAAUCGACACUGGAUUUUGCAAAGUGUUUUGGAGAUGUGGCUGGACAGGUUUACAAUCAGAGUGGAUUUACCAUUGUAUUAAAAGCAAGAUAUAAAAGCUGCCAAGUUCUCAUUUGGCAUUGAGUUGGUUGGUCUGUGAAAUCCUUGCAAGACGCAGAUCCUCAAGCUGUUCACAUGCUCAUUGAAUAUUUUAACAACUGUCAGAGAAACAUGAUGGGAAAAGAAGGAGGUGCUUUUUAAAAACCGUUCCUAGACUUCUGUAAAAUGCAAGAUGAAUUAAAGUUAUUCUAACAGUGA